CUCUCUUCAUGACGCUCUUCGACCAGAUCAAGUGGGCUUGCUGCACGAUCAAAGGCCUAAAGAGCAUAAAGAAGGUCUUUACGAGCGUCGUCGGGACUUGCUUCAUCACACUCGGGGUGCUCCUGCUCGUACUCAACCCCGUCGGCCUCCUCGUGAACUUCGUCGCGUUCAUCCGUGUGAUGUGGAACAUCUUCUUCGGAGUGCUGAUGCUGCUGCUGCAAUUUGGCAAGACGGAGUGGCUGCUCAUCCGCUUCGGCUUCCUCGGGCACUGGGCGGGGCGGGCGUUCUUCUUCUUCUUUUGCGGCACCAACAUUCUGUUGGUGGACCCCGACGGCGGCUCGUGCGCGCUCUGCUUCUUCUCGUGGGCGAUUGGCGGGAUGGCCAUAAUGGGUUUGUCGGGCUGGUCGAGCUCAUCUUUGGCUGCUCCUGCCAGGGGGAGAGCGUCAAGCCGCGCCAGCGGCAGGCGGCCACAAUUAACACGGCCGGCCAGGCCGCGAGCUUUCGCGCUUACUGCGCGCCGAGCCCUCUACCGCGCGCAGCGAGUGGAGCUCCGCCACCUCCGCCGCCGCCGCCGGAAGCCUGGCGGGGGUGCACGCGGCGGCGGCGGGCUCCUCCCUUAACCGCGCCGCGGAAACCACAGAUCUCGAGGCGCCGGAGCCAGCGGCGGUGCGCGCAAAGGGAGGUAAGACGGCCAAGAAGAAGACGGGAAAGGGCGGCGGCGGCGGCGGAGGCGGAGGCGAGGGGGCAGGCGGAGGCGGAGGCGGCAGCGGCGACAACCCUUUCUUCGGGAAUCGGCACUUGCCAGACUCCGACCUAUCCACGUAAGAGGGCCCAGGCUCGCCGCGGCGUCGGAGGACGCCACCGUCGCCUAGACUCCCUUGCGUCACUACGUGCCUCCCCGUGUUUGGAGCCUGACUUGUGUGCCCCGUUUGGGCUAGUUCCAUUUCACUUCUGACACACGCUAAUCUUGUUCUUGAAAACGUCCGACGGAGCUC